AUGGCGUUCGCCUUGGCCUCGGUGGCCGCACACGCCCAGCAGUGCGGCAAGCAGGCCGACGGCAUGGAGUGCUCCGAAAACCUGUGCUGCAGCAAGUACGGGUACUGCGGGCUGGGCGCCGACUACUGCGGCAACGGGUGCCAGAGCGGCGCCUGCCACGCCAGCAAGCGCUGCGGCAGCCAGGCCGCCGGCGUGGCGUGCCCCAACAACUACUGCUGCAGCCAGUCCGGCUACUGCGGUUUAGGCGACGUCUACUGCGGCGCCGGCUGCCAGAGCGGCCCCUGCCAGGCCGGAAUCAGGUGCGGCCAGCAAGCCGGGGGCGAGGUGUGCGCCAACAACUUCUGCUGCAACCGGGAUGGGGUCUGCGGCCUCGGCUCGGGUAACUGCGGGUACGGCUGCCAGAGCGGGGCUUGCGUCACCCUAGGGAUAUGCGGAGCCUGGGGCGUUUGCACCAAUAACUAUUGUUGUGGCAAGCAUGGAUAUUGUGGCCUCGGCGACAUAUAUUGUGGGCAGGGCUGCCAGAGCGGCGCCUGCUAUGCAACUCCAUCUCUCCCAAAAUAA